AUGGCCCACGUGGGAGACUACAGACCGAUGCCCUGGCUCCCUAUCCUGGUGGUGUCUCUGAUGUGCUCAGCCAGAGCAGAAUACAACAACUGCGGUGAGAAUGAGUACUACAACCAGACCACAGGGUUGUGCCAUGAGUGUCCCCAGUGUGGGCCGGGGGAAGAGCCAUACCUGUCCUGUGGCUACGGCACCAAAGAUGAGGAUUAUGGCUGCAUCCCCUGCCCAGCAGAGAAGUUUUCCAAAGGAGGCUACCAGAUAUGCAGGCGCCACAAAGACUGCGAGGGCUUCUUCCGGGCCACCGUGCUGAUGCCGGGAGACAUGGAGAAUGAUGCUGAGUGUGGGCCUUGUCUCCCUGGCUACUACAUAUUGGAAAACAGACCCAGGAACAUCUACGGCAUGGUCUGCUAUUCCUGCCUCCUGGCGCCCCCCAACACCAAGGAAUGUGCGGGAGCCACCGCGGGGGUUUCUGCCCACUUCCCCAGCACCGUGGGCAGCAGCACCCUCUCUCCUUUCCAUCGCGCCCAUAAAGAGCUCUCAGGCCAAGGACACCUGGCUGCGGCUCUGAUCAUUGCCAUGUCCACCAUCUUUAUCAUGGCCAUCGCCAUUGUCCUCAUCAUUAUGUUCUACAUCAUGAAGACGAAGCCUUCUUCCCCAGCCUGCUGCACCAGCCACUCAGUGAAGAGUGUGGAAGCCCAAGUGAGCCAGGAAGGAGAGAAGAAAGAGGCCCAAGACAGUGUGGUGAUUUUCUCUGAAAAGGAUGAAUUUGAGAAACUGACAGCAGCUCCAGCAAAGACUGCCAAGAGUGAGAACGAUGCCUCGUCUGAGAACGAGCAGCUGCUGAGUCGGAGCAUGGACAGUGAUGAGGAGCCCGCCACCGACAAGCAGGGCUCCCCGGAGCUGUGCCUGCUGUCGCUGGUCCACCUGGCCAGGGAGAAGGCGGCCACCACCCCCAAGUCAGCCGGGAUUCAAAGUCGAAGGAAAAAGAUACUGGAUGUGUAUGCCAACGUGUGUGGAGUUGUCGAAGGCCUCAGCCCUACGGAGCUGCCAUUUGAUUGCCUUGAGAAGACCAGCCGAAUGCUCAGCUCCACAUACAACUCUGAGAAGGCUGUUGUGAAAACGUGGCGCCACCUGGCAGAGAGCUUUGGACUAAAGAGGGACGAGAUUGGGGGCAUGACAGAUGGCAUGCAGCUCUUUGAUCGCAUCAGCACCGCAGGUUACAGCAUCCCAGAGCUGCUCACAAAAUUGGUGCAGAUAGAGCGGCUGGAUGCUGUAGAGUCCUUGUGUGCAGACAUACUGGAGUGGGCCGGCGUACCACCUGCCUCCCAGCUGCCCACUACAUCCUGAAGAGCAUGCCUGUGGAACAUUCUUCUUGGGAUGCACCAAGGAUCUAAUGAGAGCUCAGGAUCUAAUGACUCUAGGGCUGUGGGUGAUGCCAAUAGAUGGCCAAGAGUCAAGGGUAUGUUACCAGAGUAUGCCUUAGGCCAGGGGUCCUCAAACUUUUUAAACAGGGGGCCAGUUCACUGUCCCUCAGACG